GCCCCUCUCUUGCUAACUUACUUCUUCCUGUCUCGGCGCUUCUCCCCUUUGUGGUCCCGCUCUCUCUCUUCCUCUCUCUAUUAUUCCUGUGCUCACUUUCUCCUGCGUAUAACUAUCCCUACUUCCCUAUUCACUCCUUUUUGAUUGUUGGUUAUUUCAGCCUUCUGGCAGAACUUCUUUUUCUUUCGAAUACCUCCUUGCACUCCACAGACACGUGUUUCUGCGUUAUUCUCUCCUUAUCGGGUGCCGAUUCCGUGAUCCGAGCACGGAGAACAAAGCGCUUCCCGCGGACCGACGAUAACUAGUCUUUUUAUCACUAAAUAAAGACAAGAGAGCAUGCUGCUGGCCUUUUCAAAUCAAUACCCAGUCAAUUGAACGUCACCAUGGCUUGCACGGCGCCUUCAAUGACCGUCGAGUCGUAUCCCGACGGGGAGUCGACCUCAUGCUCAACCCCCACGGAAGAGAGCGCUCUGCUGCGAGAGCGGAGGAGAAGACAUUCAUUCCACGCGGCAAGAAGACUGUCUCGGGACUAUGAUGCGGAUGCUAUAUUCUUAAAGGUCGAGCUCUUUCUCGCGGAAUUGGAGAGGCGAAUGCGGUGGCUGGAAGACUAUAGGAAAUCUCAUAUGGACCAAAUUGAUGCCAGUUUGAAGAGAGGUUAUGCUACGCUGGAGGCUGUGAGAGAUUCGUGCUCUCACGCCUCGGGCGAGCUGAUGGGUGGCGGCAGGCGCCGGGCAAGAAUCCUCGUGGAGACGUUGGAAGGCCGGUACAACGAGGCUCUGGCGACGAAGGAGACAUUGGAGCAGAAAGCCCAGGCGGGUAUACGCUUGAUGGAAUCCUUCCUGAGUGAUAUGGAAUCCCGGGCCAACAAUGUCCGCGAUCGGGGUAUCUCGGGUGCAAUCGACGAUGGCUGGAAGGCGGUCGACUCUGGCUUGACCCAUGCUCGAGAGGUCGUCGACGAGGGAAUUGAACAAGCUCGACGUGCAAAGGACUCUAUUCGCGAAAGUAUUGACCGUGCAAUCGAGCUGGCUCGUGAAAAGCGUUUGAUACACUACUCGGAUCUGCCGCAUCCCUGGCGGGUCAACCCUCACAUCCUUCAGGGCUACCGCUUUACUACGUCCAAGGUUGAAUGCGUUACCUCCAUGUUCACCUUUUCAAAUGAACUGGUGAACAUCUGGUCCCAUUUGAUUGGGCUCUUUAUCGUCUUGUCGAUUGCUUUCUACUUUUAUCCGCUCAACCCCAACUUCACCCUCAGCACCAAAACGGAUGUGGUCAUCGCCGCCGUCUUCUUCUUCGCGGCUUGCAAGUGCCUGGUCUGCAGUACCAUGUGGCACACGAUGAACGGUAUCGCGUCGCAAUCAUUGAUGGAGCGAUUUGCCUGCGUCGACUACACUGGAAUUUCCCUUCUGGUCGCUGCCUCCAUUGUUACCACGGAAUAUACGGCUUUCUACUGUGAGCCUGUCUCCCGGUGGACCUAUAUACUCCUGACCUCUGCCCUCGGUAUUGGUGGUGUCAUCCUCCCGUGGAACCCAACUUUCAACCGCGCUGACAUGAACUGGGCUCGUGUGGCUUUCUACGUCACCCUCGCCUGCACGGGCUUUGCUCCUUUGGCGCAGUUGAGCUACACGCGUGGUAUUGAUUGGUGCUUAUAUUUCUAUGCGCCAUUGAUGAAGAGUUUGCUUGUCUACCUUGCAGGCGCAGUUGUUUAUGCUUCCCAGAUUCCCGAACGCUGGCGCCCGGGUCUCUUUGAUUAUUUUGGCGGCAGCCACAACAUCUGGCACAUUGCUGUGCUUGGAGGAAUCCUGUUCCAUUACCAUGCUAUGCAGCAACUCUUUGCUGGAGCUUUCGUGAGGGCCCAGCAGGAGUGCCCUUAUCUGAAGGCUUGAGGCUAUGAACUUCAUGAGUGAAGUGUCAAUUGCUCCACGGUCUAGCCUCUCGGGUGAAUUGGUCCUGUUAAGUUCCCCACGCUUUUCACGCAGAGGAGAUACCCAGCCGAGUGCUGCUAGAGUCACCUCUACCCGAACGAGACAACCCACGGCGGAAUGGACCUUUUGGGUUCAAUGGCGUCCGCUGAGAAGUCGGGUUUUUUGAGUUUUAUGUCUGAUGCCGCGCACUGAUAGACUUGCAUUGUCCGCUUUUUCACUGAUGAUCUAAAUAUUUGUCUGAUGUCCCGAGACUAGAGCGCACCUUUGAGAACCUUGCCGUCGUUACAGGCAGCCACGCACCGCUGAACAUAUAGAUAUCUAACUUCAAUCAUCUGUACAUAUUGGCAUCCUUAACCUGGUGGUUCUAGGUGACUUUUUCAGUACGCUGCAGCUAUCC